ACUCAUAAAAAAGUCACACACAACUAACACACUACUCCUCAAGCAUCAUCACAUUCCACCACCACCAUGGCCAAGUCCACCAUCCUGGUAGCCCUCCUUGCCCUCGUCCUGGUGGCACACGCCUCCGCGAUGAGGCGCGAGAGGGGGCGACAAGGGGACUCAUCAAGCUGCGAGAGGCAGGUAGACAGGGUGAACCUCAAGCCCUGCGAGCAGCACAUAAUGCAGAGGAUAAUGGGCGAGCAAGAGCAGUACGACUCCUACGAUAUUAGGAGUACUCGAUCCUCCGACCAGCAACAGAGGUGCUGCGAUGAGCUGGACCAGAUGGAGAACACAGAGAGAUGCAUGUGCGAGGCAUUGCAGCAGAUAAUGGAGAACCAGUGCGAUAGGUUGCAGGACAGGCAAAUGGUGCAGCAGUUCAAGAGAGAGCUCAUGAACUUGCCUCAACAGUGUAACUUCAGGGCACCACAGCGUUGCGAUUUGGACGUGAGUGGCGGCAGAUGCUAGACUCAAAAAUAAUAAUCUGUGCCAAAAGAAACUAGUAGGAAGUAGCUUAUGAGCUAUUAUGUAUGCUUGUUUCGUUAAUAAUAAAUAUCAUCACUGUAUGAAUGUGGUGAUAGGUAAGGUUAUAUGAGCACCUUCGGUGUGCUCUUAUGGCUUUACCUAUGUUUUGCUACUGCAAAGUUUUAACCACCAUGAAAUAAAAGAUCUUCAAGUA